AUGAAGCUCACGCCUCCCAGGUUCUCCUCUUCACAACUGAAGACCCCUGGACGUGACAGAGCGAAGAAGCCUAAGAAGCGUCUCUGUCUGUGUCCUACCUGCAACAACACAGCCGUGGGGUUUGAGUCCCCGCUUCUCCCACCCCCGUAUCGGGGGGGCCUAGCAGCGAGGCUAAGAGGCAGGAGGACGGCACAAGCUGUUCUCGCUUUCACCGCGAAGGUGUCUGCAGGGCCCAGGGGAAAGCGAACCGCUGCCGACCCAGCCGCAACGAGGCGGCAGGAGUCAGCAGUCACUUCCGCCGGGAUGCCCCACCUGCGAGUUAACCGGGCCCAGAUCCACUUCCCGCCUCAGGGCGCAGAGAAUAUCCAGGGGCCUACAGAACAUCCGGGGACCCUCGAGAACAUCCGGGGACCCUCGAGAACAUCCGGGGCCUCUGACCUGAUCUCUCGGGAGGAGGGAAACAUGAACAGAGGCUGCACACGCGGGCCCAGCUGCGGGGGCAGUGCAUUGGCGCCAGAAACUCUGGGCCCAGCUGCCGGGGAGGGGCGGGCCCUGCGGGGUCACCAGGGCCACGGAUGUGGAGCCGGCAGAGCAGAGAGUACGAGUGGGCGCGCCUGUGGGCAGAGGCGGCUGGCGGGCUGCCGUGCUCGGGGCUGCGAGGAGUCGGACAGCACGAGGCACGCACAUGCGCACCUGCAAGCUGAACCAGCAGGACGGCUCACAGGCUCCGGGAGCACCGCCGUUGGGCUCGAGUGCCCCAGGGUGACUGCCCCCCGCCUGGCCCCGCUUCACACCUGCAGCCCCUCCGCCAGCACCGGCUGUGCCCGUGAGCUCGGCCUCCGGCCAGGUAGGGCGCCCCGAGAUAGCAGCGCAGAGCCUUUAGUGAGGAGGGGUUCGCGCCGUGGAGGGGGUGAGGAGGCGGGGGAGCGCCGGGGACAGGUCGCGGGAGGCCGCCUCACCCGUCCAGCCCCCGGGGAGCCCCUCACGGCGCCAGCUGGGCCGUUGCGUCAGCGCCCUGGGAGCCUGGAGGAGGCCCAGCAGCAGGGCAGAGAGCGGAGGGCCGUGCGGAGGAGGCGUCUCGGCGCGGGAGCACUCGCAGAGGGGGAGCAGGGCUCCGCGGAGGCCGGGAGGCCGGGUCUGGCGAGCUUGGAGGGGCGGCGCCACUAG